AUGCCUGGACGCCUUCAGGCACAGCAUGGGUACAAAGACUUCAACCUUUUUCUGGUCUUCGGAAUCGUAUGUGACCUGGAUCAAACGACGACACCCAAUAUGGAGGCAAUAUUAAGCGAAAGUUCGAAUCUGAUUGCAACUCCAAUGCAUGUCAAUGACGGCGAUCAUGAUCUAGGUAGGACGGACAUAGCGCCCAGUGCAAGGGAUCAUUCCGUUGCUGAAGCGAGAACAUCCAAGCACACUCUUGAGAAACAAGACAAGCCAUCAGCGUUCGGGCUUUGUCAAGUUGUCUGGCGCUUCUUGCGAAGCAGUAAGACAAUUGAGCCAACAAGGUAUUAUGUUGUGCCAGCCGAGCCUGGCUACGCCAAGGAAAUGGUAGACGUCUUCAUAACAGCACACACAGGUCAAGGUUUAGCUCGUUAUGAAGCAACGACAAACAUGUGCAAUUCUUUGGUUCUCAGCGACAAACCCAAUCACGUAGCCGUCGCACAGACAGAGCAGGGGCAGAUUUGGGGUUGGGUUGCUGUUCACGAACUGAACCAGUCCGGUGACUGUGCAACAGCUGCAAAAUUGCCAGAGUAUUGGCAGUCAGACAUAUUCAAACUGCUACUCAAUCAUACUCGGACCCUGCAAGCCGCACAUGGAUUCGAGCCGGCUUCACUGAAUCUAUUUGGCUCACCAGAUGAGAGAAUGGCCCAGACUUUCCUAGACGACAUGUUCUCUACGUGGCCGGAAGAAGAAGGUCGAAACGUUCUCCUACUUGAUACGGUGGUGGUUCACCCUGAGCAUGCCAAGCGAGGCAUUGGAACGGUGCUGAUCAAGAUUGUCUGUGGCUUUGCAGAUGAAUGUGAUGCUGGGAUCGUGACAGUAGUGCCAGAACGGGCAAAGCACAUUUUUCUGAAAGCUGGCUUUGUCGUCGUCAGCAACCAUAAGAUCAAUUGGAGCGAUCACUACAAAAAUGCCCCCAGCUCUUGUGUUUACACGAUAAUGGCUUAUGCGCCUCAAGAUUAG